GAAGUUAUGGAGUCGGGGCGCUCAGGUGAUGGGAUCUUCCGAUGGGGCGCUCCACCAAUGCGCUGUGCGGAGGAUUGGAUGCUGUGAUGCCGCCUGCGAGGAGGCAGCGCUUGGCUGCAGUGAUGGUGGGGCCUUUUUCGAGAUGGGCUGUCUCUGCGUUGGUAUUCGAGGGUCGGCUGGGAUAAGCGGGCAGUAUGGAAGUGGGGCUGGGGAGGAGUUGGCUGGCUGCUAAAAUGGAUGUGGAGCUUUGUGCUGAGCUACGGACACGCAGCGUGGGGCUGGGAGCGCUCUGCCUCUGUGCCGUGCCUCCAGGACAGUGCCAUCUCCGUGCUAAUGUCACCGGGAUGGACGAGCCGAGGUUCUCAGCCCAAUGAAAUAGCUACAGCGGGGCACCACUUUGUUUUUUCUACUCCGUGCUAUUGAGAAGCCUCAGAAAAUCGUGACAGCGGGGAUUGUUCUGUGCUUUGGCCUCGUUUGGGGGCAGCCCUGGACAGGGGCUUUGAGAGUUUAAGGCUUUCUGUGUUGCUGUUUUUCUUUGUCCUCGAGCGUUUGUUGCUUUUUUGCUUUCUAUUCCGUCCCUCUUUGGUACUUUUUAUUUAUUUAUUUAUUUAUUGCAAUCUCCUUAUCCUGGAAGUAAUCUGCUUUCUUCAGAAUGCAAGAAUCACCAUGCGUGGCUUAUCCUACCCUUCCUAAAGGGAGGGCUUAAGAAGGAGCAUUCGUUGUCUCCUGCUUCCCGUAGAGAGAGUUCAAGGCUGAGAAUGUUUCUUAUGAAGUAGCGAGGAGUACUGAGGUUACCUCUGUUGUGGGGUGUGCUUUAAUUUAAAACAUAAAGCUGGGGCUGUGCUAUACUCGUCCUGGGGCUGCGAGCCUGCAGUUGAGCAAAGAUAUUAAAGUGAAAAAGGAAGGAUGUGAGCUCAGCAGAGAACUUGCUGUAAAUCUCAAGCAUUGCUCAAGAGCCUGGGUUGGUGUAGAACGGCUUAGGUAUGACAGUGUUCAGAGUACCUGGGGGGAGAGCCCCCUCCUGUCCUGUCCUUUGAUGGGAAGGCUUGGAUUGCAAAUGAGCACACGGUUCUUUCAGCAUGUGUUAGGGUCAUUUCUUGCCGUGCUUGCAUGUGGGUGUUUAUCUCUCAGUCGUUAGUGAAGCUUGUUGUUUGCUAAUGAUGUGCUGGGAGAUGCAGAAAUCAGGAAUUUGACCCUGUGUGUCCCUCAUUCUUACAUAAGUGAAAUUCAGUCAUCACAGUAACUGGAAGCAGAUUCACUUAUGGGUUUGUGGCAUGCAUUCCUCUGGGUAGUUCCAAACUUCAGUCUCAUUUGAUUUCCCAAGGAAUCUUGACCACUCCUCCCCCCCUCCCCGUGUGUAUCAGCAAUGCCAUUAUGCAUUGACAGUUACUUGGAUUUUAGCUAUUCCUCACUAAUUGGAGCAUUUUUAUGUGCUUCUCGUAGUUUUUCCCCCUCUUGUUGCAAGGGCUCAGUUUGUCUCAGUGUAUGGAGUGAGUAAAACUGUGUUCUCCUGAGCUUUGUUUGCUUCUAUCUACCAUUUUAUUCAGGUUUGGAAACAUGGUGACUAUCAGUAUUCUUUCAGGAAGCCUUUGUUCAGGUGGCUCAGGCUGGGACAAGCUUUCGCUCCAUUCUGCAGUAUGACACUUUGUUAUUAGGAGAGGGAAUGCACCAUUUAGAGUUACUGGUUACUUAAAGACAAUCUUGGUGACAAGGAGGUUUUUGAACAGUAUCCUCUUGAGAGCUCUGGGUCUUCAGGUGGUAUGGAAGAGUGAUGCAGGGCAGUGAGUUGAGCGUCUGAGAAGCUAAUGAAGCUUUCCAGUUUUGCAUAGUUGGGAUUUGUAUCAUCUGGCAUCUCAGAGGUUGAUAGGAAAAAGCGAGGUUUUUCUGCUGUAUCUCUGUGAUGGGGGUGAGAGCCCAUACCUGCCCGGGGUGCCCAUUUUGGUGCUGCUGGCUCUGAUCCUCAAACCUGCGCGGGGCUGUGAGGAUCUGUGUGUGCUGCUGCUUUCUGUCUGUGCAUUUCUUUCAGUGCCGGUGGAACCGAGCCACCGUUAAUGGGGUUGAAAGCUAAUACAAAAACCUUUUGUACAUAUGAUAACUGUGCCUUUCUGUGCUGGAAGAAGAGGAGAAAACUUUUUCAGUGUUUCAUAGAACCUCCCUGCAGGUAUGGAGAGGGCAGAGCGGUUCAUGGAUUACAUAAAGUGGCUGUUCUUACAGCUUUCUGGAUUUUUCUGGAUUGUUUGGCUUCCCUUAGGACUUAAAUGGCACUGCCAGACUUGUCUGUUCUUUGCUGUUUCCUCAAACUUGAAAUGCCUCUGCUAGAAGUGAUCAGAAUUCACUUUUCAGUGCCCACUAAAAUGAAGGCAGCAGCGUAGUGCUGUGGCACUGCCAUCUGCUUUGCAAGGCACAAAAUGAGCAAGGAACAGCCGUGGAGGAUUUGCCUGCUGUGGUUACUUUUUGUUAAUUCUGCACUGUUGGUGGUUUGGUUCACUUUUGUCAGUGAAAGUUUGGCUAUCUGGUAGUGCGUUGGUGGGAGCAGCAGGAGGGGGUUUCUGGUUUUGUUUAGGGAUGUUUGCUCUGUCCUUUUAAAACAGCCUCCCCAGCCCCUCUGGUGGCACACUUACAGUGCUCUGCACCAAGUGGAGAGCUCUGGGGUGGGUACGCUGGGGUGCUCAGGGCUGUCGGGGGGCUGGGAUGGCAAGGGGCUGUGUGCUGAUGCUGGCACCUGAAGCCUGGCAGUUGGUGAGCUACUGAUUUAAAGGUUGAGGUCUGAUGUAGCAAAUCCAUCUUAUUUCCUCCUCUGUCCAGGGCUUCCUUAGCUUAAGCUAAAGUUAUGUUAAAAUAUGGCAUUUGUAAGCCCUGAGAAAUGUGAUUCUGUGCCUGCUGCCACCAGACCAGGGAUCCGAGAAGACCAUAAUGUUCCCAGUGUAAUGCCAUUGAGACAUCUAACAGCGUGGGUGUAUUUAGGGCUGCUUGUUCCUCCUCCGCGUGGAGUGAAAACGACUUGAUAGACCUUUGUUCCCUCAUAUCCUUGAAUGAUGUGCCUGGAGUUUAUAAAGCUGUUCUCAGGAAUCUGAUUGCUGACGGUGAAGUUGGGAGAAAGAAGUUCAGCCGUUCACAAUGCUAUCUAAUGUUGGCAGUGUUUUGGACUAAGCACGAAUGCUUCUGAAGCUCUGAAGAGUGUGCGUGUUCUCCUUGGUGUGUUUCUUAUCUGAAAGCCUUGAAGACUAUUACUGAACCUAUGUAAUAAAAUGGGUUACAUUCUUGUGUGUUCAGGCUGCACAGGAAUCACACUGCACUGCCGCGUCUUAGGCUGGAUUUCAGCUGGGUUCUCAUGACUUUUUCACUAUAAGAAGGAACUUUGCAACACAGAAACCACUGUUUUUGUGUACUUGGUUUUGUACUGCAGGGGAAAAAUGAUCUGUGUUGUCUCAUUGAGAGCGUGGUGUUGUGAUACGCUAACAAAAUAAUUCUCAGGCAUUGUUCAGUCAGGCCAGGUGGGAGGUAUGGCAUGGCUCAGCAGUGGCAUAAGGGAGCACUGAGAUUUUCCUGAUACUGCUCUUUUAAGGAGAUGUAAAUGCAGAUCAGAUUACAAUGUGUUCUUUAUAAACAAAACACUUCAAAACAAAAACAAAUCUUGCAAGAACUUCAGUGCCUCUUGUGUUGUUCACUGAUGCCCAAAAGGAAAGAGGAAUGUUCCAGAUGACGAGUCAUCAGCUCAUGUGCUGCUUUUAUCUUAACCUACACGGGUAUAUAGGCAGGUGUUUACAUGCCUCCAAAAAUCCUAGGCAAUGCAUGGAAAGAACAUAGACCUUAAUCAUCUUUUCAUGUCAUAACAGCCCCUUCUCUUUCACAUUUGAGAAAUUUUUGGAGCCUCUCUCAAGAACCCUCUUUCAUAUUAGGGCAGGCAGGAGAAUCUGUUUUCCACUGAGCGUUGCUCCAAGAUGGGAGAUGCUUUGGGGUUUUGUGGCCUUGAGAUGUAUGGAAAUGGCCAAGGAUAAGAGAGAAGCCUUUGCACUUUAGUGACAGAAAAUUCAGGAAAGAUGCAGGUUUCCAAAUUACAAUGGGCUACAAAGGCUUAUAGGGGCUUUCUCUACUUGAGAUGUCUUGUCAACUUUCAUAGAAUUUUGUUUUAAGCUAAAUAAGCUCUGAAGUGAUUGGAAACAUGAAAUCAAAUGAAUACAUGACAGCAUAUAUAUAUAUAUAUAUACACACACACACACAUACAUACAUACAUAUAUAUAUAUAUAUAUAUAUUUAAAUACAGUUUAUGUAGGUGACGAAUGCUUUGGGGUUCUUUGAUGUGGAGCCCUAGCCUCAGUUGAUGUAAAUUAGCACAGGUUCAUUGAAGCUAUGCCUGUUUGUACCAGCCUGGGGAUUUGAUGCAAGAUAUCAGAAUAAGUGCGUUGAUAAAGACAAGUCUCAUCAUAUUCAUGUGUCACUUCUUUCUGUUGGAGCCCGAUGCUGUUAGGACCUGUACAGCAAUGUAGCGUUUUAAAAUGUUGAGUUUUUUUUUUUACUCAGACAUUUGAAAUGUGUUUUCCGAAGCUGAAGAACUGCUGCUUCAAGAAGAUGCGUUAGUAGUUCCUUUAAGAUAGCUAACACAUAAUAGAUGUACAUCAUAGGCUGUGUAGAGAAACUGUAACUUCUGUUUAAUUCGGUGUGGUAUGAAUGAAUUCUUGUGAAGCAUUCAGAUGCAAACUGUUACUUGCUACACAAAAGUAGAGCCUGAAUUUCUAGUGAAGAACUGACAAAAGUGAAUCAGUUUGUGUGAAGAAAUCUGUGCUCUUCCAUUUACAACAGUGAGAGGUUUUACUGAACAACUUUGUAAUUUCCAAAGUAUCCCUUUCGGUUCAGUUUGUAAUAAUCCUGGAAGUGUUGCCUGAAAAAGAUGACCCAUUUUUGUUUACCAGAAUGCAUCGCUAAACCAAAAGCAGACUGGUGGUGUUACGACAAUUCUUACGUUUCAGAAAGGAAAAGAACGCCGAGGCCACGAAUCUUGUUGGUGAGGUUAUUUCGUGCUGCUCACAACUGAGAAUAAUAACCACACUGUUACGCUGGAGGGAGUUAGAGGUUGGCUUCCUCACAUUUUCCCCGUGCUUACACCCACUGCAAGAGGUGGGAAUACACUGCAAGGAGCUGAAGACUUGAAGCAAUCCGUGUCGAAUAUAACAGCUGCCAACAGGACGCUUUAAAUGAAGUGAUUUAGCUGAUGAUGAGCACGUUCAGCGCUUGGUUCUUCAGGAGGGACUUUUCUCUUGCAAACUGCUGACUGUGCAGCUGAUAUCACCUUAGGAUUUUUAUCCUUGCUAUUGAUGAUUAGUUCUGAACGCAGGAAAGAGAAGUCAAGAGAUGCAGCCAGGUGCCGAAGAAGCAAGGAAUCAGAAGUGUUCUAUGAACUUGCUCAUCAGCUGCCCCUUCCGCACACUGUGAGUGCCCACCUUGACAAGGCAUCCAUUAUGAGGCUGACCAUCAGCUACCUGCGCAUGAGGAAGCUGCUGGAUGCUGGUGAGCUAGAGACAGAAGCCAAAAUGGAGAAGGAGCUGAACUGUUUCUACUUAAAAGCUCUUGAUGGAUUUGUUAUGGUGCUUUCUGAGGAUGGGGACAUGAUUUACAUGUCUGAAAACGUGAACAAGUGUAUGGGACUCACUCAGUUCGAUUUGACGGGGCACAGUGUAUUUGAUUUCACUCAUCCAUGUGACCAUGAAGAGCUGAGAGAAAUGCUUACACACAGAAAUGGUCCUGUGAAAAAGGGCAAAGAGCAAAACACGGAGCGCAGCUUCUUUCUCAGAAUGAAGUGUACGCUGACCAGCAGGGGAAGAACAGUGAAUAUAAAGUCUGCUACAUGGAAGGUACUGCACUGCACUGGACACAUACGUGUAUAUGACACAUGCAAUAAUCAAACUCACUGUGGCUACAAGAAGCCUCCCAUGACAUGCUUGGUGUUGAUAUGUGAACCAAUUCCUCACCCAUCAAACAUUGAGGUCCCCUUGGACAGUAAAACGUUCCUCAGUCGUCACAGUCUCGAUAUGAAAUUUUCCUACUGUGAUGAAAGAAUUACAGAGUUGAUGGGAUAUGAACCAGAGGAACUCCUGGGUCGUUCAAUCUAUGAGUACUAUCAUGCGCUGGAUUCUGAUCAUCUGACCAAAACACACCAUGAUAUGUUCACGAAAGGGCAGGUGACUACGGGACAAUACAGAAUGCUUGCUAAACAAGGUGGCUACGUCUGGGUUGAGACUCAAGCAACUGUUAUAUACAACACUAAGAAUUCUCAACCACAGUGCAUAGUAUGUGUAAACUAUGUGUUGAGUGGAAUUGUUCAGAAGGACUUGAUAUUUUCCCUUGGACAAACUGAGUGUAUGCUGAAACCAGUGGAGUCUCCUGAAAUGAAAAUGACCAAAAUAUUCAGCAAAGAUGACCUGGAUGAUAACAACAGCCUUUUUGAAAAACUUAAGCAGGAACCAGAUGCUUUAACUGUGCUGGCUCCAGCUGCUGGAGACACAAUCAUCUCCCUAGAUUUCAGCAGCAAUGAGUCUGAUGAACAACAAUGUGAUGAAGUUCCUUUGUAUAACGAUGUAAUGCUCCCCUCAUCCAGUGAGAAAUUGCAGAAUAUAAAUAUGGCAAUGUCCCCACUACCUGCCUCUGAAACUACAAAGCCACUUCGUAGCAAUGCCGAUCCUGCACUCAAUAGAGAAGUUGUAUCAAAGCUGGAGCCAAACACAGAGACACUUGAACUUUCUUUUACCAUGCCUCAGGUACAAGAGCAACCAACCAGCCCUUCUGAUGCAAGUACCAGCCAAAGUUCACCUGAGCCCAGUAGUCCCAAUGACUAUUGCUUUGAUGUGGAUAAUGACAUGGCUAAUGAAUUCAAACUGGAAUUAGUGGAGAAGCUCUUUGCAAUAGAUACAGAAGCAAAAAAUCCAUUCUCCACUCAGGAGACUGAUUUAGACUUGGAAAUGUUGGCUCCUUACAUCCCAAUGGAUGAUGAUUUCCAGCUACGCUCCUUUGAUCAACUAUCUCCACUGGAAAGCAGUUCUUCUGGCUCUCAAAAUGCAGCCACCAUUACCAUACUUCAGCAGACUCAGACACCAUCAACUGCUGCUGAUGAAAUAAAACCAGUGGCAGAACGUGUGGAUGAUGUGAAGGCACUAAUUGUUCCAUCAUCUCCUGUCCACGUAAUAAAUGACACGAGUAGUGCCCCUGCAUCACCUUACAGUGGAAACAGGAGUCGAACUGCAUCUCCAAUCAGAGCAGGAAAAGGAACAUUGGAACAGACAGAAAAAUCUUGUCCAGGAGCACCCAGUUUGAUAACAGUCACGCUGAACAAAAGAUCUACUGCAAUGGAUGAAGAACUAAAUCCAAAGAUGCUAGCUUUGCAUAAUGCUCAGAGAAAACGAAAAAUGGAACAUGAUGGUUCACUUUUUCAGGCAGUUGGAAUUGGGUCUUUAUUCCAGCAGACAGGUGACCGUGGAGGAAACGCAUCGCUUGCUUGGAAACGUGUAAAGGCGUGCAAAACAAACGGUCACAAUGGAGUGGAGCAAAAGACAAUCAUUCUACUAUCAACUGACAUAGCGAGUAAACUUCUAGGGCAGUCGAUGGAUGAAAGUGGACUACCCCAACUCACGAGUUACGAUUGUGAAGUAAAUGCUCCCAUACAAGGCAACAGAAACCUGCUACAGGGUGAAGAACUGCUCAGAGCUCUGGAUCAAGUUAACUGAGCUUUCACAGUAGUUGUUCCUUUUUUGGACACUGGUGAAUCAUCACCUAAAGCAGUCUAUUUAUAUUUUCUAUAUCUGAUUUUAGAAGCCUGGCUACAGUACUGCACUAAUUCAGUUAGUUCAGUUUUGAUCCCCUUUCUACUUAUUUUGUCAGUCUUUUUAAUACAUUCUUUAUGUAACAGUAACUCAAACCGUAGUGCAUUUUUAUAAUUCUUUGGUACAUACACUUUAAAGUCCAUUACAUUUAGAACACACUUGCAAUAGCAGCUUAGAAAUAUGCACCUGAUUUAAAAAGUAUAUAUAUUUAUUUUUUGGCUGGGGAGUUGGUCACCAAAAUCUAUCAUUAGUAAAAUGUCAGAACGUGAAAAACUGGCAGUACUUCCAUCCUGCUCUUCAUAGGUAGCUGGAAGACUUGUGCUCUCUUACUCUUUAUGUUCAAGUAAGUUUUUUUUAUUUUAAUAUUUUUUAUAAGAAACAGCAAUGCUUUGCAGCAGUGCAUUGUAGCCACAAUCGCACAAUAUAUUUUCUUAAAAAAUACCAGCAGUUCCUCAUGCAAUAUAUCUGCAUUUAUAAAAACUAGUUUUUAAGAAGAAUCUUUUGUUUGCCUAUGAUAUCAUGUUUAAACCUGGAUUAUGUCAUUAUUUUAGUCACGUUGUAAUAUAAAUUGUUCUUAAAUGCUGUCUUACACUUUUGACUUAAGAGUGUGAUUAGUCGAAGGGAAAGGAUUGAUCUGGGAAGGGCUAGCAGCAUUUUAUUUGGGUACAUUCUCAAUUUAGAGAGAGAGUUUGAUGUUCUUAAAGUAGUCACUUUGCCAGCUUAAAAGAAAUCCCUGCCUGUAGUUGUUGAAGUUAAUGCUAAUAUUGUGUAUGAUCUUAAAUCUAAAUGUUCAGCUUACCCUGUGUGGUAUAGGUGAUAUUUCAAGCAGACUGUAAACCAUCUUGCAUUGUUAGCAGUUUUAUCUAGUACAUCACUGAGUUGCUCAAUAUUUUAAUGUUUUGGUUUUAAGCACCUUGUUGCUAUUAACAUCCGUAUACUUUCGUGUAGAUUUCAAUAACUUGAAUAUAUUUAGAAGCCUUUUUAUUUAGAAAUAUAUAGUUGUCACAAACAUCUUAUUUUCCUAUAUGUACUGUACAAAACCUUCAUUCACUCGUUCUUUUGCUCUUUGUGGUUGGAUCUAACACUAACUGUAUUGUUUUCUUACAUCAAUAAACUAUAUGUGGACCAGGCCCCCUCGGGGAGUGUGUUAUCUGAGAAAAAUGAGAUAAUUUAUAUUUUUGUUAGUGGUUAUUGUUCAUCCGUGUUCCCUUUUUAACUUAGACUUGAUUGGAAACCCCAGCUUCCUUAUUUUGAUCAUACCGUCUCCGACGUAAUUAUUUGAGCCUAUUCAGUACUAAAUUCUCCUACAGUGUUGUACUACCGCCGGCCAAAGAUGUUAAACUUUUUAAUCUGUUAUCACACCAGUUAGCAAACUUGAAAGGGAGAAGACAGCAAAUCUGUGUUACUUCAAAGCAAAAAGACUUUUUCCUUAAGAACAGCUCAGAGGCUCAUCUCUGGAAGCAUUAUCAAGGUAACACUGGAAAGCAGGAAAAAGUAAAAUUCACAUGAGGGAUCAAUUAAAGACGAACUUGUUAAAAUUGCAGUGAGAAAUGAAGCUGGUACUCUGAUAAAGAAAGGUUGUUCUACAUUGUCAUGCUGUUGACUCGGUAACUUUGCUGUCCUAAAACACAAAACUACUGAUACAACCUUGUAAUGUGUAAAUAGGGUCAAGAUAUUCGGUGCAUUCGUCACAAACUAUUGUAGGAAACUUAUUUCACUGUAAAAAAUGAAGUGUGGAUGUCACAAUUUCUUUUGGAAUCUUUCUUUUCAUUGACCUCCUUUAGAGUACUUUACAAUCACUGUAAUGCUGUAUAAGCUUACCGUGCUUUUUAAAAAUACUGUUACAGUUUUACUGAAGCAAGAGCACUUUCCAAACUGACACAAGUGUGCUAAUGAAACUAAAUGGAACCAACGUUAAAAGACAAGGCACUGGCAGCAGAAAAUAUGGUUGCAUGUUUGAGUAGGAGUUGCAUAGAGAGAGAAAAGCACUAAGCAUGGACUUCAGGAUUUGUGCACAAGAAACAUCUUGAAUAUACACACCUAAUAAAUACUAAGGGUUUGUAAUGAAACCCUUAUAUGUGGAUGGUGUGCUUCCCAUGGCAGCGCUUUCUCCAGCAGCAGUAGAAGUUGUGAUAGUGAAGCUGGUAAAGGCUUAAGAAAGGCACCAGCAGACUUGGGUUUAAAUGAGCACUAUUUCACCUAGGAAUCUUCCCCAUUCGUACACAUUUUCUGUCAUACAUAUUAAUGAGGCACAGCAUGUUGUUUACUAUGCUUGUAGAAGUGAAUGAAAUAAGACUGAACUGCAGUACAUGUAGCUGUUUGCACUCUGGGCAACUGGAAAAAAAAAAAGGCCUCAGCCUGAAAACCUAACUUUUAAAAUUAAACAUAAGAUUUCAAGUGUUCCCUCCUUCUCCCCCUCACUGACCCCUAAUUAUUGUGACAGUAAUUAUCAGGACCUGCCCACUGUAUUCUGGAAGUUGUAGCUUCCCUAUGACUAAGACUGAUGUGCUGUAGUUACUGGGAACAGUUCUUCAGCUCUCAGAGAUGCUGAAGAAAGCAUGGAAAAUUAACAGUAACUGCUCUGGGCUACUCAAAGCUGUGCUAAAUACUGCUGCAAGUUCACAAAACCUGGAAGCAGUCCUUGUAGCUGCUUUUAUUUCUUUCCUUAGAUUUUAGGACUCUCUAGCCUCAUGCUAAUCCUUCUUUGGAGGACAAGAUUUAUAUAUACAUUCAUUUCUACAGGUUAGCUUCAUAAUUUUGAAUAAGUUUUUGUUUGUUUUUUGAAGUGUUGAGGCAUUAUCUUAGAGCACUUACUCUUUACCAGUAGUAAAGAAGGAACUGCAGCUGGAUGUGCUUUUACAUAUGAAACAUACUAAAUUACGAGUUUCACAAAAUAAGAGGAACAGUGUUGCUUUCAGCAGCUCAUCGGGACUGCAGCAGUAAUCAAACCAUGCAUAUCAGAGUGGUUGUCCAGCAGCUUAGGUGUAAUACACUUAAAGUUGCCUGGAGCCCAGAGUGCACACUUCCUACUGCACCUUCUACCAUGCAGUAAGGUGGGCUUGGACUGUAUAUCGAUCUUAAAAAAAAACCUUUGGGUAUAAUAGAAACAUUUUACUAUUAACAGUUUCCAUUCCUGUUGUACGCACAAAUUCCCUGACAGUAAUUAUGAAUCACUUUAAAGAGACAGAUGCCAGAAUGAACAAUUAAAACUCUACGUGCUUGCAAUGAAGUAAAGGUAUAGGGAUCAAAAAUUAGUACAGGUUUAAUAGCUGCAUAUUUAGAAGUAACUUUCAUUAUUUCAACAGCUUCUUAAACAGCUAAACAAGGGCAGCUGAAGGCAGGCUUUGUAGUUAAACUGCUCAAUGAAUCAUUUCCUUCCUUGAAUCCAAGAGGCAGGAGCACCCUCCCACUGUGAGGCAGGCACUAGAGGAUAGGCCUGAGGUCAAUCAUCUGUUCUCCAUCCCCUCUGAUUAGCUGCUACUGAACUGCGCACACAAUUCACCCAAAUGUCACUGCACUUAUGGAUAUUGUUCAGAUUGCAAUUAUCCAGCACAAAAAUAAACAUUUCACAGGCCAGGAAUGCUCUGUAGGAAGGCCAGUAUUGUCAUAGGAACUCAUGAGCUGAAUACCCAGCUCUCAUUAGUAAUCAUACGCUCAACUCCCUGGAAAGCUCCAAUCUUGAGGACUGUGAUUUUGAUCCACGUUCUAAAACUGAGGUGUCAUUUCCUUUCUGCUUCCCUGCUUACCUUGAGCAAAGCUUGCCAAGUUACCAAAAAGUUAAGAGUUUGCUACUGGAUUUAUACAGUAUGGUAGAUUUUGUGAAUAACUGCAGUAUUCUCUCAUGAAAAAGUGGUAUAUUUUGAUGGAAUUCUUUUCUGGAACCAAGUACAACCUAUUGCAAUUGUAUUUCUCUUGAAACAUUUUGACAUACUUGUGAUUGUACUUCUUUUUGAUUGUGUAACGGUAUAAAAUUCAAUAAAAGAGAGGGUUUGUUUCUAA